CAUUUACCAGUCAACGUUACACCGGUCAACACUAAAAUACCAAAUCUGUACUGACCAAUACUUGGUCAGAGUUUUACAAUUUCAAUCAUUCAUUCUGGAAAUAAAGGGUCCGGGAUAUGGCUAGCCUUUAGCAUUUCCUGUUCAGGUCUCAUGAUUGGAAAAUCUUUUAUUGUGUUCUAUAAAUAACUAAGUGUUAUAUACACAAUAACACAAUGUGUGUGUGUGUGUGUGUGUGUGUGUGUGUGUGCCCCUUCAUAUUUAUGGGAUGGACAUUGACCUUCCCGUUCCUUUGUUGCCAUUUCACUGACUCAUUUAAUUGGACUGUUGCUUCAGUUCCUCAAUAUCACACACACACACAUUCAUUCAUCCCACUUGGCAUCACACCUGUGAGGGAAAUACUCAUUGACAGACUAAAACCUUAUUAGCUCAUCUAAGUGUUAGUAACUGUAUGAGGGUAAAAUGGGCUUUAUAACAUGUGCAAGGAUGUACUACCGGUAAAUCUUGUUUACAUGUUGGGAUUAUGUUGCAGUUUUUAUGAUAGAAGCAGCAAGAUACCUUCGAUAUGAAAACUAACCUGUACAUGUGGUCUGUUUUCUUUUCAGAUAAUUCUGAAGUUAAGAACAGAUCAAGAAAAAGUAAGAAAGAGCCGAAAAGUCCAGAGGGGACUCGACAAAGGAGGGUUAAAUAUUCCUGAAGAUGGAACCGCAGAUUUGGCAAAUGCAGGUCGCCCCUCAAAUCUCUCCUGGAGAGCUGAAAAAGAAGGUGUCAAUCAUGAGCCAGCCGGAGUGCUCCAUCUGCUACAACACCUACGACAAUGUAUUCAAAACACCCAAGCAGCUGGACUGCACCCACACAUUCUGCCUGGAGUGCCUCUCCCGCCUCAUGGCCGUCUCGCUGAGUGACCAGGAGGAUUCCGGUGGCAGCCCCCGCCUCUUAUGCCCCUUCUGCCGCCACCCCACAAUGCUGCCUGAGCAGGGCCCCCCCGCCCUCACCACCAGCCGAGAGGUCCUCUGCAAACUGCCCAGCCACCAGCAGCAGGAGGAGCCGGUGUGGCUGGAGGGGGAGAAGCUGUGCUACAAAAGCUCCAAGCAAGACCCCAGCUUGGGCUCCUCUGAAAGCCCCUCGUCCUUCUGCAUCUGCAUUGACAUUGGGGCCAGCAAGGUGAUAGACGCUCCGAUCCAGACGGGGCCCCGGACUCCUGGGCUGCUGGCCCGGCUGGCGGACUGGAAGAGGCUGGUGCUCUUCAUGGUGCUCAUCGUGCUGCUCAUCGUGGUUGUGUUAUGGCCCCUGCAGUGUGUGUUCAGCACUGGGAAUAUGCGCUGUAUGCGGGAUCACGUCAUCCUGAACCCCACUACCACAACGACCAGCACCCUCAGCACCUUCACCAAAAGACACGGUCGGACACAGUGAACUUUAGACUGACUGGACUUCAAUAUAAACACACAUUAUAUUGUAUAUGACAAAUUUCACCAAAUUGCUCUUUUGCCACAGAUGUUAAAGCCACUUUUGUGGCCUAUUUAGAUGUCGGACUUUAGCAUCCCCUAGUGUUUGGUUUCAAAAUGGGUGAGAUGAAAGGGUUGAAAGAAACAGACUGAACUAAUUUUCACUUUUUCUGUUAUUGUGUCAUGUUCCAUUAGCUUGAUUUGAAUUAAAAAAUAUGUUAUCCUUAACAACUGUCAUUACAUGUGACUUUAGGCUUUGAAACUCAGUGGUGCAAAUUGACCUCUGACAGGCACUUUGGUUCAAAUUGUGUUCAGUGACACAGACAUUGAUAGAAUCCACAUUUACAGAGCGUACUACCAGAUGACAGAGCACGCGUGGGUUGAUAUGUGCAUACAAACAGGUAUUUCCAAAUGAAAAAGUUACAUUAUUUUGAACUUUGAUUUGUAAAUAUAUGGAGUUUACCGUAAGGGUUAGUAAGGUCAAAAAACAGGAAAUGAAUGUAAGCCCAAUGUUUCAACAUCAACUUUUUAAAGUGUGCCUUUCGUCAUGGCCUUGUUUACAGAAGAUAAUAAAAAGGGAGACUUUAGCUUGAAUCAUGUUUCUGGGAAACUUUGGUGCCUCAUUAUUUAGAUUAGGAUCAUUUCGUGACAUUUGGCACUUUGUUAGGUAGUGGUUUAAUCUGUAUGAAAGCAGGUGUCUCAAAUUCCCCUUUAAGUAGCACACAGCUCCAGACCGGCUUAAACGCAAAUAGAAAAUAUUUGCCAUUUCCCAGAGCGCUGUUUAUUAUUUCCUCCCUAUCUGACCCUUAAACCAAAAACCAUAAAAGACAACCCUUCCUUCAGAUUGGAAGGAAGGAAGAGCCUUUAUUUUUAUUCCGGCUUUAGGUGCGUCAGAUAAAGGAAAAGUUUGGAUUGGGGGGUUUUCCAAAUACCUCACUUGUGUGACACAUCUAUGGUAGGACAAUUCACGCUAAAUUCUCAGUCAUUUAGGUGUGGUCGUAAUAAAGUGCUACUUCCCUGAGGAACUUACAGUAAACAUGGUUAAACGAUACAUGCAGAUUAGAAAAAGGCUCAGUCAUCUCUUCAACAUGGAUUGUAGAAAAUAUAUCCUAAAUCAGAACGACAAUAAUAACUAUUUAUGUAUAGAACGAGUAAAAAGUUCUUGUUCAUUGGCUUUAUUUUUCUCUAGGGAAUUUACACAUUUAUAAAAAAGGAUAGCCAAAUAUGAAAUGGUCUUUGCAUUCCAAUGAAGCAGAAUUAAACUGUUUCCUUGUUGAUAGCAUCUACAUAAGACACUUUCUUUCAACACUUAAUGCGCCUCAUGUUAAAAUGCUGAAAAUAACAGCAGCGCUUACUUGAAACUCAUUCUUGUGGUUUCCCCUCUUUCUUUUUAUCAAAAGUUAUAAAGCAACAUUUCUACAGAUCAUAAAAUAAUCGUUCAUUACCGUUUAAUUUGCAUUUUUUCCGGAAUGUGUUUCCUGCCUUGCUUUUUUAAUAUUAAUUAUUGUUAACUCGUGGUUCACUGGGCUUUAUUCUCCAUCAUCACACGGUUCAUGCUCCAGAUUCACACAACAGAAAUAAUGCAAUAUCCAAGUGAGACUUAACAUACUGCCAUAAUAGAUUUUUAUUAAACUAUGUGAUAAUAAACCAUUUUUUUGCCAUUUCUGGCAGCUCAUUGCAUCAGCAUUUGUAGCCUAUACAGCGAAAAGGCGUCUGGGCAGAGCCAGUGCAAGAAUAGGGGGAGAAGGGGGGACAACACGGGAGGUCACCACUACUCACUUCAGGCAUACUGCCACCAACAGAAACAAGGAAUCAAAACAAAAAGACAUCAUGUUCAAGUAAAAGUAAGAGGACGAGCAGAAAGAAAAUACCGUGACUACUGCAUAACUCCAUGUAUGCUGGUUCAACUCAAAUGUACUCAUCAAAGGUGAAAUGACACCAGAAAUAAUAACAAUUCAGACACAUUACAAAAUGCAAGAGUGGAUAAAACAAUCAAUUACAAAUACCAUUUGAAAUGAAACAAGAAAAAAACAAAAACUGAAAAGUCUAGUGCACUACCAAAAAUACUCCCACAGCCGACAGACAUUCUCACACACAGGCCAAAGCUUCAGCAGUUUCACACUUUCAAGUAUUGAUGCUUCACCAUAUAAUUAGAAAACAAGUUUGACCCAUAGAGGCAAAGUGAAAUACAAUAAAAAUCUAAAUGAUCCACAGCGCAAGAUGGUUCAGAAACACAGACACAAACCCAUGAAAUUCAUUCACCGGACAUACAGUAGAUCACAGUUCAGAAGAAAAAGGACAACAAGGAAAAAAACGGAAGAAUACAAACAUCUUCAUUGUCCAAAUUUACCGAAGUACAUCGAGUGGUGCAGCAUAUUUCAGACAGACGUUGGCCUUCACUGACAGGGCAUCAAUGCCACACAUUAAUAAAACAUAGCUUUUAUUCACAUAAGGAAUCAACCAUUAGAAUACACUUGCAGCAAUUUAUGGCGGGAAAACUCUCAACGCUGAGGGAAAAGAAGGACAGCAGUUUCAGCUGAAACUUUAAUAAAAUUAUUAUUUUAAAAACAGAACUCACACAGAGUGGCUGCUGCAGCUUACACUGUGCCUUUAUUUAAAUAUCCCGCACAUGUCAACAGUAUCAAAUUACAGUUUAUUACACUGCAAUGACUGACUUCUACUACUUCAGUUUUUUUUUUAUUAUGCAUUGUAUUUUAAAUAAUUUAUUUUAAAUAUAUAUAUGAGCCACAGCAGCAGAAACUGGCCAAUGAGUGAAGAAAAGUGAGUGUCCUUGACCUGGUUAGCUAACAUCUCUGCUGGUGAGGAAGAGGAAUGGUCUGAGCGCUCAUUGAUUGAUUAUUUCUUUUUUUCAGAAAAAGGUGGAACACAUUGUCUAGUUUUUAUUUGUUGGACUUUAGGAUGAUCAAGUGGUUCUUUUUUAAAUACGUUGGGUCAGAUUUUAAUGCUUCUGCACUUGUAUUUGAUCAGGAUAUUUUGGUGCUGAUCCUGGAGCUAUAAAUAGAUAACAAUCUGGCAGACGGUGCCGAGGGCUCAGCGCUCCGCAGCACCACCGUCUUCGUUAUCGCAUCACUGACGUGGGCUUACUCGCCCCGCUAUCAUCAAGCCUGGAUUAUGUCCAUCUUCCAAAUUACUUUUCGGAGACAAAUCUAUUCUUCAAUCUCAGGCAGAUGGCCAUCUGGCCCGCGUCAUAAUCGCCCCGUUUUCCCUCGUCUCCUUGUGACCAUCUCCUCCGACAGAUGUUGAACUGCAUCAGACCCGCUGAUUUACGAGGGCAGCCAGUCAAAAACUGAGCUGAGAGACGGCCAUUCAGGAAUCCUCUCCACCUGUUUCCUGUCAAAUGUGGACCACUAUUACAAUCUAUCGAUAAAUCAUCUUACAAUCUGUGGAUGCUGCUCAGACGACCGUGCCCAAACGUGAUCUCUUCCACCUUAAUGAUUCUUUAUAAAAGUAUGAAUUUGAAGAAUCUCAUAUGUUACACAAAUGCUAAGAAUGAUUGAAAUAAUGAAAAUAUGGUGAUUUGAAGGACAGACAUUUUCAUGAUUGAGUUUAUACUCAAAGUGGGAUCAGCUGUAGGCCAUCCAAUGACAGAUAGGGCUGAUGUAUUUUUUCAAAUAAUGACCUCAAAUUCUCACAGAGCACAGAACAGCUGAUUUGCAUAUGCAGAAGAUCAUAUGCCGUACAAA